GUAAGCGGCAUAACUUUAUAUGUUAGUAGAAUAAUAAUUCCUGAAAUGUUAAAUGCAUUAUGCCUAUCCAAUUGCUGGAGAGAAUAUAUAUAUGACUUAGAAAAGAGAGUAAUAAUCGUUUUACCUAAUGAUCAUGCUCUAAUUAGGGGGCGUUUGGUUGACGGUUUCUCAAAAUUUUGAUGGGCAUCUGAAAGUGGGACCAAAAUCACAGCGCUGAAAUCCUCUUUGAAUGGUGGUAUUCGACCGAUAACCAGGCAAGUGAAAACCAUGACAACGGGUGCUGCCAAAACUACCCUUGGUUAGCGCCAAAGUGAGUCUCCUCCCAGCAAAUCCACUUUUGGACAUCAUGGAGAAGCUCGUUUGAAGAUCUACUCAAAGGCUGACCAGAUUGGGUUUCAUAGCAACUUCUGUCUGAUUUUUGCAUGCUUAUCUACUCAAAGAUCUGCUUGCUUUUGAUAUUUUUUAUUUCAGAAAAAUCAUGGAGAAAAAGAAACCCAUCCGACAAGCGCGGGUAGUGGAACCAGAACACCGUCGUGAACAGAGGAAAAAAAAGGUUUGUUUUGUUAUAUUGGGGUUUAGCUAUGAAUGUUAUGUUAGUUGCGAAGCGAAUUCAUCAGUUCUUCCUCAAGCAUUAAGUUCAUUUCAGUGUUCUGUAAAUUCAUGCUUAUGUGGCAAAGCAUAUUUAUGGUUGUCCAUAGUUGAUUUGUUCUUUCCCAGUUUCCCUUGUAUACUCAUGACUCAGUCUGUGUUGCUAAAAUAUACCUGAUGGCUUGUACAACUUCUACACAUUUAAACCAAACAUAUACAUUAGUUGCUGCAAAUGAUGUGCUGCUAGAUUCUUCAGUUAUGAAGUACAGCCCCACAUAUUGCCAGAAACCAGAAGUUUUAAACAAGAACUUGAUAGAGGGCAAUAUUCUUCUUUGUGGUUAUUCUUUCAACUUUGUUGUUGGUACUUCAUCAAUCAAGAAAGUCUCAGAAACAGCAAAGGCCCUUGGUGCAGUUGGAUUUGUUCUUUGUGUUGAAAACGUUUCCCCCGGAACACAAUUUGAUCCAGUUCCUGUUGGCCUUCCUAGGAUUCUUAUCACAGAUGUCAGCAAUUCGAAGGAACUUAUAGAUUAUUAUAAUAUCUCUACACCAAGAGACUGGACUGGACGGGUGAAGAGUUUCAAAGGUACAGGUAAAAUUGGCGAUGAUUUGAUGCCUAUUAUACAUAAAUCUGCAACACAUGUGGCAUUAUUCUCUGCUCGAGGGAAGAAUAUAAAGGACUUCAGCUUCCAAGAGGCGGAUCUUCUCAAACCAGAUAUAUUAGCCCCUGGUUCUUUGAUUUGGGCUGCUUGGUGUCCAAAUGGAACUGAUGAGCCAAAUUAUGUCGAUUGAAGGUAUAGUAAGUUUUCAAGUGGGAGUGAUUAUUGGUUGAUCCCUUCCCCAAGUUUGUAUAAUCCAAUUGAUUAUGUGCCACAGUCAAUUGAAUAUGCCCUUCAAAAGGCUGGUCUCCCUGCAUCUAGCAUUGACUGGUUACUUCUCCAUCAGGCAAACCAGAGGAUUUUUGAUGCAGUUGCCACACGGUUAGAAGUGCCAUCAGAAAGGAAGAUAUCAAAUUUGGCUAAUUAUGGAAACACAAGUGCAGCUUCAAUUCCCUUAGCUUUAGAUGAAGCAGUUCCCUCAAAUUUCACGGCAAUAUUGCAGCACUCCCCUUAACUUGUCCUUUUCUUUUUCUUUUUGUCUUCAAUUCACAUUCUCUUUUGUCUUCUUUUCUCAAGUAUCCGAGAUAUAUGUAUUUGU